CCAAUAUUUUCGAAAAGAAUUAGUUAAUCAAUAUAACGGAGCCCAACGACAUUUACAACAACACCAAAACUCUUCCAAAUCUAUUAUUCGAGAGGAAUAUUGUUGCGCUUGUUACCCUUUGCCCCUUGUUAUACCCGAAUCAUUUAAACAAUUUUGGAAUUGGUAUUCCAGUUAUCACACCAGUUCAUACUCAGGCAAAACUAUCCAAUACCUAGUUGAAUUAAUUGAUACUCUAAAUAAUAAUUCUGAUACUACAACCGUUGAAAUCCUUAUACAACGAAUUAUUUUUAGCACUGUUUUUGAGAGAGUACCGGCUGACUAUAAUCAACUGAGAGAUAGUAUUAUUAAACACCUUACACCUAAACGUAAACCCAAGAAAACUGACAAUAUGGCUAUGUCCGACGUUCAAUUAAAGGAACUUUUGAAAGGCAUUACUGCUGGAUUCAAGGAAGCCGCCAAGGAAAUGUCCAAUGAGGCAAACUUGAUUCCAAUUGAGACUUUUGCUGGAAAAAUAAAUGAAGAUCCA